AAAAAAAAGUUAGAGCAUGGAAAGAAUGUUGAAAACUUGGAUAGUGAUAAUAAAUUUUGUGAGUGUAGUUCCGUGGUUUUUAUUAGCUCAAAAUUUUUCAAAAGACUAUCUUAAAGCUCAUAAUAAUGCACGUGCAGAAGUUGGGGUUAAACCACUAAAAUGGGAUCCGAAGCUUGAAUCACACGCACGCAAGUACGUGAAGAAAUACAUUGCAGAUUGCAAAAAAGGGCUUUUUGACGUGGACUUUGCUGGUACAUAUGGGCAGAAUAAUGCAUAUAAUCCAGGAUCCCUUUCAGGAGUAGCUGCUGUUGAUGUGUGGGUGAAGCAGAAAACAAAUUAUGAUUAUAAAUCCAACUCUUGUGUUGAUGGUACCAUGAAUUGCAGUUGUUACGCUCAGGUUGUUUGGAGUGCAACUACUCGACUUGGCUGCGCUAGAGUCAAGUGCCGCAAUUAUGGAGGCACCCUUGUUACUUGUUUAUAUGAUCCUGAAGGCAGCACUUCAGAUGAACGCCCCUACGUAAUCCAUUAAUUACCAAAUUAAACUCAUUACAUCUUUCUCUAAACUUUAAUAUAAGUUUGCACAUUUUACAAUGAUUGUUGGCCUUGUAGUUUUUUUUAUGAUUAUUUUAGUUUAAAUUA